CUUGGCGAAGCUAUGUUUCGAUUUAUGUCUUCUUCAUUGGGUAUGAUUCGCUCUUCUCCGCUGGUGAGCGUUGCACGGAUCCAUGGACACUGUUUGGGUGGAGGAACCGAAAUUGCAUCGAUGUGCGAUCUUCGCCUGGCACAUAAGGAUAGCAAAUUUGGCUUCAUGCAAUCGAAGUUGGGAAUCGUUCCUUCAUGGGGUGGAGCGAACUACUUGGCAUCAAUUGUUGGUCGAAGUACGGCAUUGCGUCUCAUGACUACAGCUACUAUGCUUAACGCUUCCCAGGCCAAGGAUAUAGGCUUUGUCGACGUUGUCUAUGACUCCGAAGACGAUUUCGAGGUACAAAUAUUUAACGGACGCGCGCAACGAAACGCACCCGGUAAUUUAAGGUACAACUAG